AUGGCCACAGCUGCCUACUUUGCCGCCGAGUGCCUUGUCUCCAUGUCCAGCCGGGCGAUCAUCCAUGGUCCUGCUGAAGGACCAAGACUUCCACCUGUUGGGAUGGCUUCUGCCCUCACGGACUUGACUCCCAAGGAGAAACCUGAAGGGAAGGAGGCAGGAAGAGACAAUGGAGGGGGCACCUCAGUGUACGCCGUGGCCAGCAUCUUGGCUGACUUAAACCAACAUCUUCCAAAGUCUUCCUCGCUUCAGCUGGAGAAGGGUCAGAGAAUGGAGCGAAAGGAGGAAGGCAAACCCCCUCUUCCGCAGGGAGCGCUUGGCCAAGACCAGAUCCUGCCAGCCAGCAAGUGUGGAGGAGAAAGAGCAGCCACACCUACCAACUUGGCGGCAGUCAAUGAGCCCAGCCCGAAACAAAGGAGCAGGAGAGGACGGUGCCAGCUUGACCCUGAAUUACCUCAGAAAAAACACAAAUGCCACUAUGUGGGAUGUGAAAAGGUUUACGGCAAGUCUUCUCAUCUGAAAGCUCACCUGAGGACCCACACAGGCGAGAGGCCGUUCGAAUGCCGCUGGGAAGACUGCAACAAGAAGUUUGCCCGUUCCGAUGAGCUGGCCCGGCACUUCCGCACUCACACGGGCGAGAAGAAGUUCUCCUGCCCCCUCUGCGAAAAGCGCUUCAUGCGGAGCGACCACCUCACCAAGCACGCCCGCCGCCAUGCCAACUUCCACCCUAACAUGCUCAAGAGAAGGAGUGGCUGCAGCUCCAGGACGGGGUCUCUGAGUGACUAUAGCCGGUCCGAUGGGUCCAGCCCCAGGGACAGUCCCAGCAGCUCCCCCUAGAAACCCCCCUGGGCCAGGCCCCCUGCACUUUGCCCUCCGCCUUUUCAUCCAGUUCUUCGGAGUUUUCCUUUGCGUCGUAAUGCUUGGCUUGGCAUCCUGCCUUUAAACGAAGGAAGGAAGAAGACUUUGGCCUUGUUUUUAACGGGAUGAGAGAGAGAGAAGGGUCUUCUCCUGCAACGUUGCUGCAGGGGGGGGGGGAAAUAUGGCACCGUAGGACUCGCGUUUUACAUGUUUUCCUCCAUGGUCCUUCCAGGAACCUAUUCUGGACAUUUCUUUUUUUUUUCUGUCUCUCUCUCUCUCUUUCUGUAUUUUUAAGCCUUAAGAAGAUGCGCCUUUGUGUAGUUCUUUUGCUCAGGUGUCAAAGGAAAUUUUGUAGGGAAACCAAAAUGCAAAACCAAGAAUGUCUCUACAGCCGGGUUGAUUCUAAUUUUCCUCCACCAAACUCUCCUCUUACUCAGGGAUCUAUUUAUGUACCAUGAAGACACAUCCAGCAGCAGCCUUGUUUGAUAAACACUUUUUGCACUCAGAACCGUGGGUUCAGCCCUUCCUUGCACACAGCAAGGCUAAUCUUUGCACUCAAAUGAUUUCAUUUCACAGUUAGGGUAAAUUCUUGGAGAGACUGGACCAUUUCCUCCACAAUUUCAAUCAACUAGUCCUCAUUUUUUUCCUCUUUCUUCAGGUGACUUCAUGCUGAGAUUAUUCUACCACCGCCAGUUUCCUGUUGCAAGAAGAAGAAGAAAAAAAAACGUAUAAAAAGUUUAUACUCAUAAAAGAAUCGCAGGGGGCAAGUGAUUUUUUAAAAAAAAAAACUGAAGUAGGUGCCUUAAUCAUGUUUUUAUUCUAAAUCUAGAAAAAUAUAUUUACACUGGGGAACAUUAUAUUUAUGUACCAAAGGGCAGAAUGGUGCUCUGUAGGGAUUACAGCUUGUGACAGCUUCCAGAGAUGAAGUUCUGAGCUGAACCCUUUUACCUGCUUCUCGGUAUGCCUCGCGCAAAAGUAGACAUGAAGUGGGCAUCAAUUUGAAUAAUGUUCCAUAUCCUCCUCUUAAAGAAAAGAAAAACUCCUCUGAAAACUGUGUUUCAGAGUCAUCCAGACUUCGUCAAGGUAUUUGCGCUGGUUUCCGGCCCUUUUUGGCUUAAAAGCCGAAGAGUCUACGAAAUUCUGCAUUACAAUAAAAUGGUCAGUACAUAAUCAGAUGGAAGCAAGCAAUGGUGAUCAGGAAUUGCUGUCAUUUGGCGGGCAGUGGAAGCACAACCUGCAUCUAGAAAGUGUUAAAAAGAUGGUGUUUUAGCUCAACAGCACUUCACAAUUUUCCUCAUUGUUAGUGUAGCGUAGGGCCUGAAGGACGUACCUAAAUCUUCUCCUCCAACCAGCAAACUCUACAAUCUUCCAAAAGAUUCCCCAUGUUCUUGUGUAGCAGUUUGGACCACUCAUCCCUCCAGAAGUCCCACCAAGAGGAAGGAACUCCUGCAUCCAAGUGGAACCAGUCAACAUGGACCCAAGUCCUUCCUCAAAGGAUUUGUGACUGCUUAAACAGCUUAACUCAGCAGGAGAGAUCCAUG